GGGCGCAUGCGCGCUUUCCGCGGUGACGUCACCACCGGGAGUUUGUAGGCCUGCUUCUUCCCGCGCCGAGGAUGCCGAACUUCUGCGCCGCCCCGAACUGCACCCGCAAGAGCACCUCCGCCGACCUGGCCUUCUUCCGCUUCCCCAGGGACCCCGUCCGAUGUCAGCGGUGGGUGGAAAACUGCCGGAGGGCUGACCUGGAAGAUAAGACGCCCGACCAACUCAACAAGCAUUACAGACUCUGCGCCAAUCACUUUGAAACAUCAAUGAUAUGUAGAAGUAGCCCUUACAGGACAGUUUUACGAGACAACGCUGUGCCAACGAUAUUCGACCUCACGAGCCAUCUGAACAAUCCGCGCAGCAGGCACAGAAAAAGAAUCAAAGAGUUGAGUGAAGAAGAAAUACGAACAUUAAAGCAACGAAAGACUGAUGAACAUUUUGAGCAGGAAAAAGCAAAUCAAGAGUCCGUUGACAACGAUAUCCCAAACCCAGCCUCUGUGGAAGGAGGAGAUGAGCCCGUUGAAGAUGACAACCCUUUAACGCAAGAGGAGAGGGAAAAUAAAGACUACCUGAAAUCCUUAUUUGAAAUAUUAAUCCUGAUGGGCAAACAGAACAUUCCUUUGGAUGGCCACAAUGCGGACGCACUCCCCAAAGGCAUCUUCACGCCGGACAACUUCCAGGCCCUCUUGGACUUCAGGAUCAACUCUGGAGACGAGGUCCUGAGGAAGCGGUUUGAGACUAUGGCUGUGAACCUGGCUUAUUGCUCCAAGAUGGAUCAGAAGCAAAUGCUGGAGAUCUGUGAAAACUGCGUGCGCGAGGAGACCCUCCGGGAAGUCAGGGAUUCUCACUUCUUCUCCGUCGUCACAGAUGAGCUGGUGGAUCUCGCCGGCGAGGAACACUUGCCGAUACUGGUGAGGUUCGUCGAUGACUGUCACAACCUGCGGGAGGAAUUCAUCGGUUUCCUGCCUUACGAGGCAGAUCCUGAAAUCUUAGCCGUUAAGUUCCAUACGGCGAUUACUGAAAAAUGGGGCCUGAACAUGGAAUAUUGCCGGGGCCAGGCCUAUAUUGUCUCCAGUGGCAUUGCUUCCAAAAUGAAGACCGUGGCGACAAGGAUCUUAGAAAAAUACCCCCAAGCUGUAUAUACCUUGUCUGCUUCGUGUGCCUUGAACAUCUGGUUAGCCAAGUCGAUUCCAGUGACGGGUGUCUCUGUGGCGCUUGGAACAAUAGAGGAGGUUUGCUCGUUCUUUCGCCAGUCGCUGCAGUUGAUGGGGGAUUUGGACAACGUCGUCUCUCUUCUCUUCCAGAACAGCGAGGAGAAGGGGAAUGAAUUGAAGGAGAUUGUCCGUUCCGAUUGGACAGGGAGACACGAUACCUUUGAGAUCGUGGUGGACCUCCUGCAGGCCUUUGUGAUGUGCCUGGAUGGCAUAAAUGAUGCUGCUGUCCGGUGGAACAGUUCUGUUUCUGGCCAAGCGUACAUCCUUUCCACCGCAUUAGCAGAGUUUGACUUCAUUGUGACGGUGGUGAUCAUCAAGAACAUCCUCUCCUUCACAAGAGCCUUUGGGAAGAACCUCCAGGGCCAAACGUCGGAUGUCUUCUUUGCCGCCAGCAGUUUGACGGCCGUGUUGCAUUCCUUGAACGAGGUGAUGGAGAACAUUGAGGUGUACCACGAAUUCUGGUUUGAGGAGGCCACCAACCUGGCCAUGAAGCUGGACAUCCCCGUUAAGCUCCCGGGGAAAUAUUGCCGAGCCCAACAAGGGAACUUGGACUCUGAGAUAACGCCAGAAAACUACUACAAAGAAGCACUUAGCAUCCCCACUGUAGAGCACAUCAUCCAGGAACUGAAGGACAUCUUUUCGGAGCAGCAUCUUAGAGCGCUGAAGUGUUUGUCUUUAGUGCCUUCGGUCAUGGGGCAGCUCAAAUUCAACACAUCUGAGGAACAUCACGCCGACAUGUACAAAAACGACCUCACCAACCCAGAUACGUUGUCUGCAGAACUCCACUGCUGGAGAAUCAAGUGGAAACACAGAGGGAAGGAUAUAGAGCUGCCCACCACCAUUUACGAAACCCUUCAUUUGCCCGACAUCAAAUUCUUCCCCAAUGUCUAUUCGUUGCUCAAAGUCCUCUGCAUCCUGCCCGUAAUGAAGGUGGAGAACGAAAAGUUCGAAAUCGGCCGAAGGCGCCUGAAGGCCUACUUGAAGAACACAUUGACUGAACAGAGGUCCAGUAACCUAGCCUUGCUUAACAUAAACUUUGAUAUUAAGCACGACUUGGAUUUAAUGGUGGACACCUACAUCAAGCUGUAUCCCGACAAAGUGAAGGAUUCAGAAGAAUUCAUUCCACUGUCAGAAAGCGUGGAAGAGACUUAACGGGAUUGGAGGGGAAGGGGAUUCGAACCCUUGCUUCUGUUUCUGGAUACUUGUUUUGCCUUUAUCAGGAGGGCGAGAGGUCAAAACUCAGAGAACUAAGGAAUCAUUUCAAAACUUUUGUUUUCGGUGUAUCUCUGCAAACAAGCAAUGAGGUACUGACCCUCGGCUUAACAUUUUUGAAAAAUGUGUUGAUAUGCUCAGAUGUACCAUGCUCCCAUUUUUUAAAAUAAUGUAUCUGGAUUUGUAAAAACAUGAUCGCCAUAUUGGAACAAUUGAUAUGUCUACUUCGUCUUGUCCUGCUUAGCCUAAUAGUUUUAUGUUGCCACUUUAAGAAAAUGCCCAUUGCAAUGGCUACAGAUUCUCUCACUGAAGUAAGGACAUGUUUCUGAAAGAAAAUGAAAUAAAUAUUUCAGCAUUUUGAUUACCUGUUCUUUUUUUGCCCUGCUAAGCAAGGAACCCAUUGUAAAUGUAUGGAUUCCAACAAACUAUUGGGAUAGUUUUGGUGAAUCAAGUGUAGCACUCAAUCUAGUUCUUUUUGUGCCUCCCAGGUUCUUUACUUUAGCCCCCAAAUGUCCUUAGAUGUUUUCUAAGGAUUGUGAGGAUGGUCUUCACCACAUUUUGGCCUUCUCCAACCAUUUUAGGCCUAGGAAAGGACUUUCAUGGAGGCAAAACAAGAAAUAAAUCAGAAGUAACUUCCAAUUUUGAAAAAAAAUGGCCCCUCCUGAGCCUAAAAUAGCUUGAGGGAGGUCCUUAAAAUAUGGUAAAAAUGCCCCGAGGGGUCUUUGGUGCCAAUUUAUUUUGCAGUGAGGUAAAGGAUACAGCCCCCCAAAGUCUCAGUAAGGGCUAAUGGGCUCCUUCAUACCUCCCAUAGUUGUCCACCCCAUUUUGAAGGUUGACCUAAUCUAUAUAUUGGAUUGGAUUGUUGUCAAAGUCUUGACAUCCUUUCCAUGUCCAUGUUCCACAGAGAACUUGGAAGAGUUUCAACAAAACUCACAGUCCACAUAAGCACAACCUACUCAUUUCAAAAGGCUCUUCUUGGCUCUGUCAAGGGGAUUUGCUCUUCAGUUUGGAGGCAGCUCCAUACUUGAUCUAGGAUCUUUGGCCAUUGCAUCCCCUGCCUGGUGACCAUUUUUGAACUGCUUUUAUGAGCAAAUGAGAACUACUUUCAGAAAUUAAACUAUCUUGUCAUUGUUUAACAAAAGAAUAAAAAACAAAAGUGAUAUGCAGGGAACUUCCAGAACUCUGCUCUGCCGUAGACCUCUGUGUAAGUAUUUAGUAGCUUCCCUCUUGCCUUCUAAACAGGAAUCGUGAACUUAACUCUGGCAGAAAAUAAGAGGGUGUGUUUUUUGUUUGUCUUGUUUAUUAUUGGUUUUGUAUGUAGAUGUCAUAUGGACAGUUUUUUUUCUGCUGAUAUUUUUGAGGAAAUGUUUUUGUAUAGUUUUAUUUCCAUGAAGAAUAAAAUGUGAAUUUCUUAAA